AUGCAGUUGCGACGUGUAUUGUAUUUUCUGGCUCUAAUUAUGAGUGUUGCCUCUGUUUGCGUGGCGGCAGGUGAGCCUGGACAGCCUGACGGUCCUGUUCCUUCUAUUCAACCUUUACCGGAAUCAGGUCCUAGUGGUUCUUGCCCUAAUGGCACCCAACCUUGUCCUGCUGCCGCCGCCGCUGCUGCCGCUAAACCUGCUACUGGUUCAUGUCCUGAUACUGGAUCUACUGGUGCUGAUACUGGUGAUACUUGUACUUCUCCUGACAGAGAUGCAUCUGGUAGUAAUGGUGGUGGGGAUCCAUCUAAAGCAAGAGAACAUGAUUUAACAGGAAAAGAAGGUCAUCCUUCUUCUGUUAAAGAUCCUGCUGCUGGUGAAGGAGGUCGUGCUGGUGCUCACGCUGACCAGGAAACUCCGGGCCCUCGAGGAGAACAAGAGGCUGCUGCACCUACUGAUACUGCUAGUAGACCUGAGGCACCUGCAAGUGCACCUAACACUGGAAUCAGCAGAAACAGUGAAGGCAGUGAAAGUAAAACAUCACAACCUCCAUCUUCUCCUAACGGUACAGCCCCAGCGGGUGAUGCUGGUUCUAAUGCCGUAUCGAAUGAGAACGAACGUACAUCUGAAGGGACGGAAGCAACAAGUACCCAAGAAGGUGAUGUUGGAAGUGCCAACUCCUCAACUACCACCACCACCACCACCACAACAACAACAACAACAACACUUCCUCCUGAACUCACAAACAACAAGAAGGGUGAUGCAGACAGCAGCAGCAGUAGCAGCAGUUCUGUGUGGGUGCGUGUACCACUACUGAUUGUGGUUACACUGGCCUGUAUUCUUGUGUGCUGA